CACUAGCUAGUUAGCAAGGGAUGUUUUACGUUGCAUGUGUUAGCUAUAUAUCGUGCUAGAACUAGAAAGUAUUGGAAUUAGAAGAAAGUUUGCAUAUUGUUUUAAAAGCUAGCUAUCUACCUUUUCUCAUUGUUGAGUAGCUUGCAUUUAGCAGCUUGGUACUGCUAAUUAGCUAACGUUAGCCCGCUAGCAGCUAGCUAAUCUGGAGAAGCUAUCAACACAAGAGAAGGGGAGAUGUUUAAAGCAAAAAUACUUUUAAUUGGACCAAGUGAGGUAAGACGAAAGAGCUAUUUUCUGCAACCUUGGGCUUGUGUGUAUAUAUUUUUGUGGCUGGCUUGAGCUGGCUAGCAUUGAUUAAUUGUUUGGAUUCGUUGGUAAGAUGUAGCCUGGGUGCGAGUCUGUUUCUGCUUUCUUUGACAACUCCUUAUGGAAUUGGCAUUCCAAACACUCUCUUGACAAUUACAGCAAUGGAGUUGACAAGAGUACAAACAGAUGUGGGACCAGUCUAGGUUAGAUGGGUUGUAAUACAAGAUAUUGCUAGCUAUCUCUCCAGUGAAAAUUGAUGAAACAGAUCUUCCAAUGUGUUUCAGUCUGGAAAAACUGUUCUAGCCAACUUUCUCUCUGACACAGUGGAGACAGUAGGAGGGGAGUACUGUCCUACUCAAGGUGUCAGGUAAAUUGAAGACUCAUAUCUCCCAGUCCCAGCAUCAGAUUAUUUGUCAAUCAAUCAUUCAGCAAAAGCUUGGUAGAUGUCUACAACUCCAAAUGAUGGCUUGUGCACCAUUUAACCAUUGUUGUGUUGUUCCAAGGAUACUGGAGUUCGAAUCUCAGAAUGAGGGAAGUGGGGACAAAUCCUGGACAUGUGAGGUGGAACUUUGGGACUGUGCUGGUGAUUUCAAGUAAGGACCAAUAGGGCUAUUUCAAACACUUUUCAAGCCCAUUUCACAGUUGAACUGUACAUCUAACACAGAAACUCGCUCACAGAAUUAGUCAAAUAACCGGUUCAGUAGUGUAAUUUAUUAAUCUGGCCAUCAUCAUUCACAGCAAAACAAGAGUACUGCAUUGCAGUUAUGUCAAUCGAAUCAAAGCUACCAUUCUACCAACUACUCUUCUGAUGCAGGUUUGAGUCAUGCUGGCCAGCGUUGAUGAAAGACUCCAACGGUGUGGUGAUAGUGUUCAACCCAGACAUGCCACGCCACCUAACGGAAGUAGAGACAUGGUACUCCAUGUUCAUCUCCUCACAGGGGCUGCAGGACAGCCAGUGUCUGCUGAUGGCCCACCACAAGCCUGGCAGUGGAGUAGAUAACGGACGACCCAACCUAGGUAGGACUAAUUAUCAACAAGCUUGUUACAUUAUGUAUCUUUUUUUCUAGUGCACUGUGUAGGAGCGUCUUUCCUUUGAAUGACAUAUAUUUCCAAUGCCCCUGCUGCUAAAGGAACCUUGUUCGAGUACAGUCGUGGUCAAAAGUUGAGAAUGACACAAGUAUUGGUCUUCAAAGUUUGCUGCUUCAGUGUUUUUAGAUAUUUUUGUCAGAUGUUACUAUGGUAUACUGAAGUAUAAUUACAAGCAUUCCAUAAGGGUUAAAGGCUUUUAUUGACAAAUACAUUAAGUUUAUGCAGAGUCAAUAUUUGCAGUGUUGACCCUUCUUUUUCAAGACCUCUACAAUUCGCCCUGGCAUGCUGUCAAUUAACUUCUGGGCCACAUCCUGACUGAUGGCAGCCCAUUCUUGCAUAAUCAAUGCUUGGAGUUUGUGGGUUUUUGUUUGUCCACCUGCCUCUUGAGGAUUGACCACAAGUUCUCAAUGGGAUUAAGGUCUGGGGAGUUUCCUGGCCAUGGACCCAACAUUUCGAUGUUUUUUGUUCCCCAAGCCACUUAGUUUUCACUUUUCCCUUAUGGCAAGGUGCUCCAUCAUGCUAGAAAAGGCAUUGUUUGUCACCAAACUGUUCUUGGAUGGUUGGGAGAAGUUGCUCUCAGAGGAUGUCUUGGUACCAUUCUUUAUUUAUGGCUGUGUUCUUAGGCAAAAUUGUGAGUGAGCCCACUCCCUUGGCUGAGAAGCAACCCCACACAUGAAUGGUCUCAGGAUGCUUUACUGUUGGCAUGACACAGGACUGAUGGUAGCGCUUACCUUGUCUUCUCCGGACAAGCUUUUUUCCGGAUGCCCCAAACAAUCGGAAAGGGGAUUCAUCAGAGAAAAUGACUUUCCCCAGUCCUCAGCAGUCCAAUCCCUGUACCUUUUGCACAAUAUCAAUCUGUCCCUGAUGUUUUUCCUGGAGAGAAGUGGCUUCCUCGCUGACCUUCUUGACACCAGGCCAUCCUCCAAAAGUCUUCGCCUCACUGUGCUUGCAGAUGCACUCACACCUGCCUGCUGCCAUUCCUGAGCAAGCUCCGCAGUGGUGGUGCCCCGAUCCCGCAGCUGAAUCAACUUUAGGAGACGGUCCUGGCGCUUGCUGGACUUUCUUGUGCGCCCUGAAGCCUUCUUCACAACAAUUGAACCUCUCUCCUUGAAGUUCUUGAUGAUCUGAUAAAUGGUUGAUUUAGGUGCAAUCUUACUAGCAGCAAUAUCCUUGCGUGUGAAGCCCUUUUUGUGCAAAGCAAUGAUGACGGCACAUGUUUCCUUGCAGGUAACCAUGGUUAACAGAGGAAGAACAAUGAUUUCAAGCACCACCCUCCUUUUAAAGCUUCCAGUCUGUUAUUUCUAACUCAGUCAGCAUGACAGAGUGAUCUCCAGCCUUGUCCUCGUCAACACUCUCACCUGUGUUAACGAGAGAAUCACUGACAUGAUGUCAGCUGGUCCUUUUGUGGCAGGGCUGAAAUGCAGUGGAAAUGUUUUUUUGGGGAUCAAGUUCAUUUUCAUGGCAAAGAGGGACUUUGCAGUUAAUUGCAAUUCAUCUGAUCACUCUUCAUAACAUUCUGGAGUAUAUGCAAAUUGCCAUCAUAAAAACUGAGGCAGCAGACUUGGUGAAAAUGUACGUGUCAUUCUCAAAACUUGACCACGACUGUACAUGCCAUUUGUCAUCAUGCCACUUAAGGACCAAUGUAGCAGUUCUCAAUAUCAAAUCAUUUCUGGAUAACAAUUAAGUACCUUACUGUUGUUUUUUUCCAAAUAAAAUGGUCAUAAAUAGCUUCUUAGCAAAUAGCAAUUUCUCGAGCAAGAUUUUAGCUAGGACUGUCUGAGUGAGGGACCUAAUUGGAUGAGCCUAAUGGGAGGUAUAUAAAACCUGAAAACUAGCUGUUAUUGGUCUAUUAACUUAUACCACCUAGUGAUGUCACCAGGAAGGCCAAAACUCCAUCCCACCAAAACAGGCGGAAAUUUCAGGCAGUCUUUUAAAACAGCCCUUAAACUAAAACGACAAUGUCAUUUUCACAGUAUAUUAUUGCAACCUGUGUAGAAAAAUAUAUAAAACACAGGAAAUCACAUUUGACUGUACUGGGCUUUUAAAGCCAGGACAUACACCACUGCUUUUCAAUUCAUACCAAUAAUGAGGACACAAUUGUCAGUUGGAUUUCUUUCACAUGUUUUUGUGUGUGUGUGUAGCUUCGCAUUUGAACAGGUUACCAUUGAGUCACUCUAACCUGGAGGAAGAUCCUGAGGGUGUGCGCCAGGGGUUCCGCAGGUACUUGGAGAACAUUGUGCAAACACUGUCAGAGAGCCGGGAGCGAGAGGAGAUGUCUAUCAUUACUUAAUAUCGUCCCAAACCCAAGCUUCAUCUAUCGAAGGUUGGAUUUAGACUCCACUUGACACUUUCUGUAGUCAAAGGCUCUGCAAACGCUUUGUGACUUCACCACGCACAGGAAUGUCUAACUUUAACCAAUCAGCAUACAGCUGCAUUUGUGCUUUUACUAAACAUAAUUCUACCCCCUUUCCAGAGUUGAGGUGGCAAAAGUAACCAGAAAUUAAAUCUUUGUCAACCUUCAACUGCACUUGGAUUUUGUGUGUGUAUACAAAUUGUUGAAAUGUCUACUUUUAUAAAUACACUGAACAAAAAUAAACGC